AUGAGCCCGGGCGCCACAUCUAUUGUCGUUCAAGGUAAACCAUUGCCAGCUUAUAUGCGACUGUUCUUUUACGGACUUCAUGGGUUUUUUGACGAGAUCUUGUUCACCGCAAUAUAUGACUACAUAUUCCUGAACCCAGAUCCCAGGCUGAUCGGUUACACGUCCAUCUAUUCGUUUGUCAUGUAUGGCAGUUGCAGUUUAUUGGUGGAAAGGCUGUAUGUGUAUUUGUGGUACCGUCACAGAGUAGCUACGGCUAUACGAGUGUUGAUUUACGUCAUAAUUGCUUUUACAUGGGAGUUUGUCUUUGGAUUGGUGUUACGUCAAUUCAACGCAUGUUCGUGGGACUACAGCGACAGGUCGUUGAACUUGAUGGGGCUAAUCACUCUUACCUAUGCCCCUGGUUGGGCUUUGCUAGCGCUCUGGCAGGACGUGAUAGCUGAACUCCUUCUAAAAUUACGCAUUCUACCCCCAACUGUGCCUACUUGUAACAAAAGCCAUUGA